UCAGCCUUGGAAAAGAAUCUCUCGUUGCCAAUAGACGAUGGAGUGGCGAAGAAUGACCUUAGACAAAAUCGACCCGCUCCUCCCCCCAGACCACGAUCGCUUAAGAAGACAAAGGUGGAGGAUGGCAAACCUAGUACCCCAGGGGGAGGGGGYUCAAAGAGUCUGGCGUUGAAACCCAAGGCAAUGACUUUACCGAGACCCCCAGCAACGCCGCCUCCUCCAGUUCGAACUGAGGCAAGUUCAACAUCUCAAGAUCAAGUUGAAGAGAAUAAUUUACCACCUCCUCCGCCACCAACAACGCCAGCUCCAGAGCUUCCUCCGCGACUAUAUUACACUCCGGCUCCUGCGUCCCAUCCCCGAAGAGUCCAGGCUUUGUACGACUGUGAGGCUGACAAUGACGACGAGCUGUCAUUYAAAGAAAGUGAUAUUAUUGUUGUCAAGGGCGACGCCGAAGACGCGGARUGGUGG